AAUCCAAUUCCACUUUUAGCAAGAAAAACACUUUUGAGUGUGAAACCUCCAAGCUUGCACAUGGAAUACUGAUUAGUUCUGUACAUGUCUUCUGUCGUGCGUAUGUGCCUAGCUCACUUUGCAUCAUGGCUUAAUUCCCACACACAAGCUUUCAGCUAAAAUGUAAUUUCUCUCAAUACUUACUCUGUCCUAGGUAUUUGGAAGGAGUGGUUUGUGGAGCCAUUAUUGGACCAUGAAUUCUAUAGCAAUAUAACAAAGGAAGUUGAUGAAGCUUGGAAGGAAAAACAUGGCAAGAAUGUCAGUGAUACAGUCAAGGAUUAUCUUUUGACCUACCUCGGGGAACCUCUUCAUCAGCUUAUAAGGUUCUUAGAAGAUGAAUACAGUGACUACUGUGUUCCAAGCAGUGUUUCUAGUGGAUUAGGAAGUUUGCCACUAAGUUAUGUCUGGUACAAAUUAAAAGAAAACAAGUCAUGGCCAACCGAUCCGAUGCUGCCAAGUGGUGAAAAACUGAAUGGUCCUCAUUCAUAUUCACUGAUCAUGCCAUACUUCACCACCAAUGAUAUGACACCUGCUGAGGUCCAUGACCUUGGUAAAACACAGUUAAACAAACUUUAUCCAAUGGUGGUGCAAAUAGCAAAAGAGGUGAUGGGUACAAAUGACAGUGAUCUAGCUGUUUCACUCUUCAGGCAGAAACUUAAUUCCACUGAUAGCUUCUUCAACGAUGCUCCAAUCCCUAAGAAUGAAUCCAACAAAGAGGCUCAUAAAAGGUGUAGCAAUCUUACAGGUGCAGAAAAGUAUUGCCCCAAACGGUGGGCUGCCAUGCAGUUAUGGUUCAGAGAGGCAAGACGGGUGAUGAGUAUGCUUGAUCCCAAAACAGUGGGUAUGUUUUACUUUACUGGUCCUAAACACACCACUCCUAACUGUCCAGUUGACCUCUCACCUGACCUCAAUCCAUCCAGUGGAGCACAGAGCUAUGAAAACAGUGAUAUACAUUGCUCAAGAAAUGCCAUCUACAACAUUCCUUUCUUCUUGGAAAAUCUGGGUCCAAGGUUCUCUGAAUGGAGCGUCAAUGCUCAUGAGUCGAGGCCUGGACAUCAUACACAGGUUCAGGGAACUAUUGAGCAUUUCCAUGAUGACUGCAGUGAUGCUCUGACUUGGCUUGACAAAGAAACUUAUUACACAGCUUUCACUGAAGGAUGGGCGCUGUAUGCAGAGAACCCGCUUAUAGCUCUGGAUACAGACACAUACAAGGAAGAGCCCAUGCAGAAGUUUGGCAUGCUGAAAUGGCAGCUUUGGAGAGCGAUCCGUUUAAUUGUAGACACUGGGCUUCACUCCUUACCAAACUUUACACGAGAUGAUGCUCUUUCGUAUUUUGAUAAAUAUGCUUGGGAUAACACCGACCUGGCUAAAAAGGAGGUGACUCGGUACCAGAGCGACCCCGGUCAAGCCACAGCCUACAUGAUUGGUCAGCUCGAUAUUAUUAAGUCCAGGAGGUACGCUGAAAAAGAGUUGAAAGACAAUUUCACUUUGCCGGAUUUCCAUUACCAGGUUCUCGCCCAAGGCUCCUCUCCGCUUGCUUAUCUGAGCGACCACGUACAGAGGUAUGUUAGCUGUGAGAAGGACCGUGAGGCGGAGGGCUGUGACGUCAUCCUGAAUCCUCUAAAGAAUACUGCGGCUGCUAAGAGAGGGUUAAAGGCAGCCCGCUGGCCACUGAUACCAAGGCCUCAUCGGCAUUAUAUAUAAACAAGUUUGUUUUACAGUGAUUAGUACAGAAAGGCAAAUACAAAAGAAAAUCAUUUUUAAAAAAUCCGUUACGGUAAUAUAGGUUCUAAUGAUUGUUGUGUGAGAUUUAAAUUUGAUAUAUUUUAACUUUCCAUAAGAAAGUAUACUAGCAAGCCAUGUUUCUGUUAUCAUACAGUCGUUUUAACGGUUUUAUAUAUCCUUUUUUGAUUGUAAAAGGGCAACUGUACAUUAAUUGUAACCGCGCGGUUUAAGUUUUGUCGGAUAUUUCUCACAUCCAGUGUUUAUUCCUUAUAGUCAAGUCAACUCACAGUUGUACAACUUGAUUCGCUGUGAACGUUACAUCAAAAGGCGGGUUUUGUAGAUUCCUAAUUCCUACGAAAUGUAAAUGUCGAGUGGAGUAUCAACAUUAACUCACUGUUCGUUAUAUCAGACCGAAUACAUUAUAAGCUACCCUGGUCUCGGUCAAGUAAGUUGCCGAUGGGCACCAAACUAUUAUUUCUAUUAUUUCGCCUCUCGUUUCGUCGAUAACUGGACGUUCUGCCUUCGACCGAUCGUGGAGCCGUCCUCUCGAGAAAACAAAUCACUGGAACCUAGAGUAGUGUUGUCGUUUUUGUUGCUGCUGCUGCUGUUGUUGGGUUUUUUUUUUACUCGAAGGGGAAGAACAGCCCUAACUAAUGUAAAUACAUACGUUUCUGUUUGCGUAGUUUUUCUUUUCUAGCUCCGAAAAUGUCUGAAACUCUAACGGAACAAAAUGGACGCAGUCAGUACAGAGACCCGUCUAUGAGGUUGUUGCUAUUCUUCCAUACAAGUAAUUAGUCAUCUAAGAAACUGUUCAAAUCUAUCUGGAGCUCGAAUUUUGGGCUUCUCUAAAAUAAAAUAUUAAAAUAAGACUUGAGCGCCUUGAGGGUUCAUAUUUGGGUCUUCCUUUAUCAGAUGUUACACUCUCUUAAUCUUCUAGACCUGUUGCAAACGUUGAAUUCUUUUUGUUGAUUUUAUGUCAAUGUGAUAAGUUCGUAUCUACUCCUUGUGAAUUACGAUGCAUAUUCUGUGAUCUAUGCAAUGUACAUUCAUCUUGUACCGACUGGGAAGUAAAAUAACUGUUUGUAAUCAAAAGAAUGACCGUGGUCUCGCGACCGUAAUAAAAACUGCAAUGGAU